AUGCCUAAGCAAUGCGUAGAUUGCCGGAUAUUACACUUUGCUGUGUUAUCCACUAAAAGUAACGCAGCUUCCUCGGAUUCCAACCCGACGAAAGUAGUGGUGGAAGAGGAAGAUGACGAAUCGUUGCCAGAGAUCACGCUGGAGGAGUUCAAAGAAAGGUAUAGAAGACUGAUACCCUACAUGACGUUCUACGUAGCGAACAAUUACGUGAAUGCACAGACAGCAUCACCACAAACCACUUCCGCGAAAGAGUAUCAAAGUAGUCCACUGGUAAGGAAACCUCCACAACCGUUCACCAGGAUCAACACCGUGCCACGAAGGGAGAACAAUUACCGCACGAACGUGCAGAAUCAAGACAAGAAAUUCGUUCCUUCCGUGCAGUACGAUCCCAGAAACGUGGGAGCAGACAGCGAGUACUUCACGCCCGUGAGAUACGGUACGAAAAUCAGUUACGACGAGUACUCGACACCGUACCAGCUGUACCACGAUCUACAGUCGAUGUAUCCUGAAAUAUCGACGGUAGCUAGCCAGCAGAUCUCUCGCAACGGGAACAGGUACUACACAAACGUGAGACUAUCACGACCUUACACGACAAAUGGCAGAGAUCACCCGCCUAGAAAACAAGCAGCUAAACCAAUCCAGGGCAAUAUUCGAGAGGACUACUUGCUCGACUAUAAUGCCAGACCAACGAGCAACGUUGCCCUUAAUUACCCGAUUAAAGACGUCCAGGGACAUCGACAAGCUUCUCCUUAUUCUAACCUGCAAGCUCUAGAUUCCGUUCCAGGAAAACAAAACCCUAUAUUCGCUCAACCACCGCGAAAUCCAAACCUGAAUCUACAGCAGAUAGCUGAAAGCUUUCAUUUGAGCGAACGUCUGCCGGAGAUGUUGAGCAAAGAUAAUAUAGAUAACAGUUUAAAAACACUAGUAGAGAUACUGAACAUCCUCCAUAACACGAAGAAAGAAGAAUUCCCGCAGAUCCAAGCACCACCGUUGACGCAACUGGCACCCUCGCCACCUAGAUUGCCGCAGAAGGCAACGAACUUCAAGGUUCGGCAACAAACGAGGCCGAAAGUGAUAACUGAAACGCGAUUCCAAGCAACGCCGAAUCCUUUAUAUCUGACUGACGAUCCUGAACGUUACAAAAUGACAUAUGAAGAAGAAACGAAGCCUAAACCACCUCCUCAGUCGAGUUACAGCACAAACAGUUUAAGCAACAAGCUGGUAGAAUAUUAUGUUCCUGUGGUUCAUGAAACCCCGACGAAGGAGAAAGAACCGUUUCUGCCUACGGUUAGACCGGAAACUAAUGAAGGUCCAACUGACCAUUCUUACGCGAUCACGGAGGACCUCAGAGACGACGUGUUACAAGAGGAACGAUUCACUCCGCCACCGGUUACCACGAAAAGUCCGGUUUACAGUUACACGGAACCCAACAGGGUUUCAUCCCCGAAACAAAGUGCCCCGCAGACGUCGUUAAAAUAUGGCGCCACACAAGGAGAAGCUAAUGUUGAUUACCCAGCCUAUUCUAAAAUACCGUAUACGAAUUUCAGUUGCAAGGAACAGCGGUAUAAGGGAUUCUUUGGCGAUCCGGAUACUGGAUGCCAGGUAUGGCACUACUGCGAUCUCAACGGUGGCAAAUCAUCGUUUUUAUGUCCGAAUGGUACUAUAUUCAGUCAAGUAGCGUUAACAUGCGACUGGUGGUUCAACGUAAAAUGCGAAACGACGACUCAAUUAUACGUGUUAAACGAACGAUUGUACAAGUACAUUCUGCCAAUAAUGCCAAAGUUUCCGGAAGACUUCACCGGUCCAGAAGUAGAUCGGUAUUUGGAGAUCAAGUUUAAGGAGAUGGAGGCAAAGUUGAAGGAGAAAAAGUUGAAGAAGCAGCAAGAAGAGAAAGAGAAGCUCAAGGAGAAACAGCAAACACAACAAAAGGAAGAUGAAUAA